UCAUUCCUUUCGGCCAAGGAACUUCGCAGUAGAGCGGAAAUGUUGCCCAGCGGUCCGCGCUGGAUGUCUCAAAUCAUACCUACAAAAUUUCCUACAAAAUUGCCCGUUGUGCUACUCGCAAUGGAGUCUCUACAGUGCAAUCCCCUGGAUUGUAUUUCAAGCCUUCUCAACCAUCCUGCCUUUCAUGAUCAGCUGGACUUUACGCCUUGCAGGGUGUAUACCACUGCACAGAGGUUGUGUCGCGUGUUCUCGGAAUGGGCGACAGGUGAUGACGUGUGGAAUAUGCAGUCAGCCCUACCAAAAGGUGCAACACUCCUUGGGACCAUCUUAUCAUCUGACAAGACGAAUGUAUCGACCAUGACGGGCGACAGAGUUGCACAUCCCCUUCUCGUUAGCCUUGCUAACAUACGCAUGUCUACCCGACUCAAAUCGUCUUCGAAUGCCUUUGUCCUUACUGCUCUACUCCCCGUCCCAAAAUUCAUCUACAAGAAGAAACGCAUGCGAGGUGUACUUGAGGAUCGCCUCAUUCACGAAUGCUUGGAUAUAGUUCUACGUCCACUCAAGGUAGCCACCCGCGAAGGGGUCAUGCUGUCAGAUCCUAUCGGACACAGUCGCUACUGUUUCACACCGCUCGCAAGCUAUAUUGUCGACACCCCGGAGGCCAUGAUGCUGGCUGCCGUUGGCGGGAAAACCUCUCCGGUUACUAUGGCCAUGUAUAAACAGUUUGGAGAUUCUUUCCGUCACGAACCUCGCACACGAGCAACUACACUCUCCCAGCUGGCUACUGCACGGAGUAAAACCCCUCGGUUAUUAAGACACCGUGAGGCCCAGAAGUUUCGUCUGAAUGGCGUCAACACACCAUUCUGGCUAGAUUGGCCCCUCAGUGAUCCAUCACACUUUCUUACUCCCGAGUUUCUUCACCUCAUCCAUCGCGAGUUCUACGACCACGAUGUAAAGUGGCUCAUUUGCGCAGUCGGUGACACAGAGAUCGAUUUUCGGUUCUCUGUGUUGCAGGUCAUCACUGGGUUCCGUCAUUUUCAUGGCGGG